AUGGGUUCCACGUGCGGGGUCUUGUUUUAUGUUUUUGUGUUUGUAAUGAGAAUGCUUUUGAUGGCUGAGGCGAGGCCAUUAGACCUACCCAAGACAACAAGAAGCGACCUGUUGGGUGGGUUGAAGUUGGAUGAGGAAUCACCCGACUGCUGGGGCUCAUUGAUUCAGCUUCAAUCAUGCACAGGAGAGCUGAUUAUGUUCUUCAUGAAUGGUGAGACCGAAAUAGGACACAACUGUUGCCAUGCAAUUCGUACCGUAAGCCAUCAAUGUUGGCCCAACAUGAUCGAUGCACUAGGCUUUACAACCCAAGAGACCCACGUUCUUGAAGGCUACUGCGAUCAUGAAGAUGAUCAAUCAACGCCAUCCGUCGCUGUUACUAAUGGUGUUGGUGUCUCAAAAUUACCUGAUCCCUAA